AUCUAUUUCAGUUGCGCAGGUUUUUGAAUUUUAUGCCGUUUCUCUCAAUACCGUCAAUAUAGUUGCUUUAUCCUGGGAAAUAUGCCGCUGGCGAGGCGCUAUAACUGUUCGGCUCUUGAAUUUGAGAUUAUUGGGAAGUUCAAUCGUGCUCGAGCAGCCCGUCUCACACUUCCUCAUCAUGUGUGCCAAACUCCUCUUUUUAUGCCUGUUGGAACUCAAGGGACCAUAAAAGGCUUAACCACCAACCAGCUUCAAGACAUUGGCUGUCAAAUAAUACUUGGGAACACCUACCAUCUGGAACUACGCCCUACCUCUGAACUUAUUGAUGAGCUUGGGGGUCUCCACAAAUUUAUGAACUGGCCAAGGGCUUUACUGACUGAUUCAGGAGGCUUUCAAAUGGUUUCUUUAUUACAUUUAGCUGAUAUUACUGAAGAGGGUGUAACGUUUCAGUCUCCUGUGGAUGGGAAACCAAUGCUUCUUACACCUGAAGAGUCGAUACACAUACAAAGCAGAAUAGGAGCCGAUAUUAUCAUGGCUCUUGAUGAUGUUGUAAAAACCACAAUAACAGGUCCAAGAAUUGAGGAGGCUAUGUAUCGAACUCUUCGCUGGAUAGACAGCUCACAAAAGACCACAUGAUCAGAAUUUAUUUGGCAUUGUCCAAGGUGGUUUAGAUCCCGUGCUAAGGGAUAUCUGUGUCAAGGGUCUGGUGGAUCGCAAUUUGCCUGGUUAUGCUAUUGGUGGGCUUGCGGGUGGUGAAGAUAAAGACUCAUUUUGGCGUGUUGUGGCUCAGUGUACAGCUGCACUGCCCGAGGAUAAACCUCGAUAUGUCAUGGGUGUUGGAUACCCUUUGGACAUUGUAGUUUGCAGUGCUUUGGGUGCUGACAUGUAUGACUGUGUGUAUCCUACUCGUACUGCUCGAUUUGGCACUGCUCUAGUGCCUGAGGGAGUUCUGAAGCUUAAACAUCAAGCAAUGGCUGGUGACACCCGUCCAAUUGAUCCUACUUGUGAUUGUAUGGUAUGCAAAAGGUAUACCAGAGCUUAUAUUCAUUCCCUUGUCACAAAAGAUGCAAUGGGUUCUCAGCUGUUGUCAUAUCAUAAUCUAUAUUACAUGAUGAAGCUUAGCAGAGAUUUACACUCGUCAAUUGUUGAAGGACGGUUUCCAGAUUAUGUAUGUCAGUUCCUGCAGAAAAUGUUCCCGGAGGGAGAUGUUCCUGAAUGGGUUUGCAAUGCCAUGGAGGUUGCGGGAAUCGAUAUCUCUUCCUGCUAUAAUCCAUGUUCUUCAUCAUCAUGUGAAACCAGGUCUGCCCAGAAUGAUCUGCAGAGCAAGAAACUCUAAGACACAUUAAGAAGGUUCGGUUUUUGCUUUUCGUCUUCGUUUUUGCAUAGAGUUUGACACUAGUAACAAAGUCUGAUCAGUUUUGGCAUAGGGAAGAUAUAUAGUACGGGGCACUAAUUUUUGCACCUUAGGGAAAAUCAUUAUUUAACAAAGUUAUACACCUCCACUCGUCCCAUCCGAGAAACGAAAAAGAAACAAAAUUUUGGGACAAUU